GUGAGUUUGUUGUUUGUUUCUUAAAUUUUGAAUUAUGAAAAUUGUAUCAAAAAAUAUAUGUGUAUGUUUGAGUUUUAAUAAAAAAUGGACCAAAUUUUCAUCAAUUUUAACCCAGUCGAAACGCGGCCACAGCCACGUGAGGCCCUCGCCCCACAAGAUGAACCAGGCGAAGAACUACUCGAGAAACAACGUGCUCCAAAGGACCGACGCCACAUACGUCCUGGACAACUAUUUGCGUCUCAUGAAAUGGAAGAAAACGAAGACGGAAAAAAUUGCUGAUGUGGGUGCGGGAGAUGGGAGCGUCAGUUUGGAGUUGUUGCUUCCCAGGAUACCGGUCGAGAUUGGCAAGUUUGUUGGCUGUGAUGUUUCCGAGGAGAUGGUGAAGUACGCCAAGACGCAAAGUUGCGAUGGGAAAAUUGAUUUUGUACAGAUGAACGUGGAAGCCCCAUCCAUUCCUAUUAAGUUGCACAAUGAGUUUGACCAUGUUUUCUCAUUUUAUUGCCUCCAUUGGAUUCAGGAUCAAAGACAAGCCUUCAAAAAUAUCUACGACUUACUGGUGCCUGGUGGAGAUGCCCUGUUGGUGUUUCUGGCGAGCAAUCCCGUCUUCCACAUCUACGAAGCAAUGGGACAGAGCAAAAGAUGGGGUCCUUACAUGCAGGACUACAGAAAGUACAUAUCUCCUUAUCAUUUCUUUGACGAUCCCGUAGAGCAAGCUGAAAGAUACUUGGAAGAGGCUGGAUUUUGCAUACAUCUCUGUCGAUUGGAAAACAGGAACUUUACUUGGCUUAACGUCGAGACAAUGCAAAAGUCAACGAAGUCGGUUAAUCCUUUUAUUCAAAGAAUUCCAGAGGGCGAAGUGGAUGAUUAUGUUCAAGAUUUCGAAAAGGAAGUGCGGAAAUUGAGCUGCGUUAAGAUAUUCAAGUGCAAUAAUAACAACGAAGAUCGGAUAUAUUUUACGUAUCAAUUAUUUGUUGUUUUUGUUUCUAAACCAGAUAAAAGCAAAUCAUUUUAACAUCAACACUUUAUUAUUAAUAUGUUAAUAAAUUUCAUAAGGGUGUUUGUAAUUUGUUGUAGAUUUUUUAGGAAAUUAAUUUAGACAGUAUUUGUGCAAUUUUAAAUACUUUAUUUAAUUUAUUAAUUUCAGUAAUUAUUAUAAUAAAUUAUUUAAAUGUUUGGUAUGAGCAAGACGUACAACGAGAUUAUCUCAUUGUUAAAUUUUAUUAUUAUAAACUGUAAAAUAUAUAUUUUUAUACAAA